CCAAACGAAACAAUGACAUCGUCAAGUUCAUUGUAUCCCGUGUUUAAUUACACCGAACAAAAUUUUCACCCAAUUGUCAGGAAGGAUGAUGAUCAAACGUCAAAAUUUGAUGAGUUGAUCGUUAAAAAGUGGACUGAGGCAGAGGAAAACAAUGUUCUUCGGUACAAACUCAAUAUUAAUAAUUGCAAACGAGUCGACGGAAAUUACGGGUUUUUGGCUCAGUUAAAUUUCGAUAGAGCUAAGAAUCGUCGACAGCCUGAGCAUAUACAAUCAAUGAAAAUGCCGUUCAACCCAGAUCGCUUCAACUUCACGAAAAUUAAUAAUCGAGAAAUAUUCUUCGACGUUGGUGUGGGCGAUGGCAACAAUGUUGUAGCUGCAAAUGUCAGUCCUAUGGAAUUCGGACACUGUGUCGUCCUCCCUCAUAGAUUGGAAUGUCUCCCACAAGUGGCUACUGAAUCAAGCUUGCUAAAAAUUACUGAAUUACUACUGUUGAGCAAGUCACCACACUUACGAGCUGUCUUCAAUAGUUUGUGUGCUCACGCCUCUGUCAAUCAUUUGCACUGGCAUCUUUACUAUUUGAAACAUGAGAUGCUGCUGGAGCACAUUGAUCUUCGUCAGCUCUCCGAUAAACUUUACAUGAUUGAAAAAAAAGACUAUCCUGCAACGGCAUUCUGCCUCAAACUGUCAACAUUUAACAAUAAUGUGCGAUAUUUCGCAAAUGUUGGGUUCAAAAUUUUAAAUUAUUUACAAAGCCACGAAAUUGCACACAACGUUUAUAUAACAAGAGCAAAGCAAUCACCACUGAAUGAUGAUGAUCUUUAUGAUGACUUGAGAAUUUACAUAUGGCCACGAAAUUAUAACACUGGUGUUAAAGAUACGAGCGGAUUUAUUCCAGGAUCUUCUGAAUUCUUUGGACACUUGAAUGUACGAAGUGAAGAAUUUUAUAAUGAUUUAACUCAAACGAAAAUUGAGGAGAUACUGAAAGACGCUGUAUCAAAUACCUUUAAUAAAGUUGUGAAUAAUAUUAUGAAAUUGACGAAUGAAAACACUGAGAACAGUCACGUCACUAUGACAACAUAA